CUAAUAUUGGGGAUGGACGUACGUUAGUCGCUUCCCGCUGCACCUGGUGAGGGCCUUUACAGUUUUUCAGGUGCCCACAUACAGUAAACCACCCUCGCGGCCAGGAAGAGUGUGUCGUACUGUAGUAGUUUGUGAUAAUAGUUAUUCGAAAGAUGUUCGUCUGUUAAGUCCGUACACAACCGUCACACACAGGAGCACCUCACCUCACCUCACCUCAACUCAACUCUCCUUCGUGCACUGUUAAGACACCUCAAUAAUGGCGACCGCGUGUGAGACCCACCAGGAGGAGGUACUGGAGCAGGGUAAAGAGAACGAGUUUAAAGAGCAGCCAGGAACUACCAAAGAACCAGAGGGUAACACAGGACCUCACACACACACUUCAGGAGACCUUCUCUACGGCGUGGAGGACAUCCCGCCAUGGUACCAGUGUCUGCUCUUUGGGUUCCAGCACUUCCUUAUCUUCGUCGGUGGAACGAUAUCUACGCCUCUCAUCGUCAUUAAAUUUAUGUGUAUGGAACAGACAGACCACCAGCGAGGCGAUAUUAUCUCUUCCAUCAUUUUCGUGUCCGGCAUCGUCACCCUCCUUCAGUGUAUCUGCGGCAUCAGAUUACCCAUCAUCCAAGGAGCAAACUUCGCCUACAUCAUGCCCACCAUCACCAUUCUCAUAACGACGUUUCCUUCCUGUGAGAGUCUGGACUUAGAUAACCUGUCGGAGUCGCAGAAGCAGGAGGAAUGGCAGAUUAGGAUGAGAGAGGUCCAGGGCGCUAUCACUGUGUCCUCUGUCUUCCAGGUUAUUAUCGGCUUUACAGGUAUUUCGGGUUUUAUAAUGACGUGGAUAUCACCGCUCACCAUCGUGCCCACCAUCACCAUGCUGGGACUGUCGUUAUUUGAACUGGGAACCAAACAGGCGGCUUCACACUGGGGGAUCUCCGCUCUGAAUUUGUUGCUGCUGGUCUUGGUGUCACAGUACAUGAAGAACAUCAAGACGCCCCUCCCUGGCUACAGCUCAAACAGGGGCUUCCACAUUGCAUGGAUCCCACUCUUCACUUAUUUCCCAGUACUCUUAGUAAUGUGCAUCUCGUGGGGGCUGUGUGGAGUGUUGACCGCUGUAGACGUCCUUCCUGCAGGCUCUCUCGCUCGAACUGACUCCUCGGGUGACCUCCUCAAAAACUCUCCCUGGUUCAGACUCCCUUACCCAGGACAGUGGGGAACACCUACCGUGAGUAUGUCUGCCGUGAUCGGGCUGGCUGCGUCUGUCAUCGCCUCCAUCAUAGAAAGCAUCGGCGACUACUACUCAUGUGCCAAACUCUGCCAAACUGCAACGCCGCCUGUGCACGCUGUGAACCGCGGGGUUGGCUUCGAGGGCGUGGGUUGUGUCCUGGCUGGUAUUUUUGGCACCACUAGCGGCACUGCCUCCUACACCAGCAAUAUUGCCCUUAUAGGCGUCACUAAGGUUGCCAGUCGUCGUGUGGUUGUGGUGAGCGCAAUGAUCAUGAUAUUUGCUGGUCUGGUCAGCAAAACCGGUGCUGUGUUUGCUACCAUCCCAGUGCCUGUGUUGGGCAGCACCUUAAUGUUCAUGUUCUCUCUCAUCACUGGUGUUGGCCUCUCUUGUAUCAAGAUCAUCGACCUCAACUCCUCCAGGAACCAUUUCGUCCUCGGCUUCUCCAUAUUCAUGGGAUUAUCUCUCCCUAGCUGGCUGGCAAAGAACCCAGAUGCCAUCAAGACAGGGUCGCCAGCCGUGGACCAGUGCCUCACGACGCUUCUACAAACCUCCAUGUUUGUUGGCGGGAUGUUAGGCUUCAUACUCGACAACAGCAUUCCAGGUACGGACGAGGAGCGAGGCUUACUUCAGUGGAACUACCAUCUUGAUGCCAAGGAGCCACUCAAGCACUCAUCUGACCCAAGCGCUCGCUGCUAUGACCUACCUGGUGGCAUGAAGUUUCUCGAGAGAUGGGAUUGGCCUCGCUAUGUUCCAUUCUUGCCCAUGUUUGAAGGUUUCAGGGAAAGGAAAAAGAAGAUUAAUCCUGAAAACAUGGUAGCGACUUUACCUGAGCCCUUCCUUGAUUCAAUGUAGAGGCUACACGCAAAUUUAUCGUUAAUAAAGAUGUCAAUACAGGCACUAUUUACCAGA